GCUCCUCCUCUGUCUCCCUCGGGCUCGUCGACGAGCGAUUCCCAAACUUUCCGUGUUCCAGCUUCCUGGAGCUCUUGUGUUCUUUCCUUCUGUGGAGCAGGGUGGCCCAGUGGUGACCGAUGCUGGAACCCGUGCAAUAUAAAUGAAGUGUGCAACAGAUGGUAGAGAUGACCGAGCCGGCGGACAGACCUCUGACCCCGUUAUCCACUCCCGAGCAACUCCUCAACAGGGACUCCCGGGGGAAUCGGGCUGAGGUGGAGAAUGGAGGAGAGAGGUGGAGAGGAAGGUUACCUACAGACCUCCAGCUGUGUGUGGACGCAGAGUCAGACCCCUCAGAGAGCAAGAGGAAACCAGCCAGCCUGAGAGUGAAACCUGUGGAGCAGCUUUCACCAAUGCUGAGCACGAGCGACUUGGAAACCAAGUUUGAAAGGAAGAAAUCGCCGCCCAUUCAGUUAUCGAAGACAAAUACCCACUAUCACAAAUUAUUCAAGGACGUCAGCAAAGAUGAGUUGCUCAAACAAAGUUACACGUGUGCCUUGCAGAAAGACAUGUUAUAUCAGGGCAAAAUGUUUGUCUCUGAUAACUGGAUCUGCUUCCACUCCAAAGUCUUUGGCAGAGACACCAAGAUCUCAAUCCCAGCGAUGUCUGUGACAUUCAUCAAAAAAACCAAAACCGCAUUAUUAGUGCCAAACGCCCUUGUGAUUGAAACUACAAGUGACCAGCAUGUGUUUGUGUCCUUCCUGUCUCGAAACACCACCUACAAACUGCUCAAAUCCAUCUGCAUUCAUCCCGAGGUGGAAAAGACUUGUAACAGCCCCGUCCCGUCUUCCUGUGAAAACAGCUUCAGAGUCAGCAGCUCGUCGUCUCUUCCGCUGGACUUUUCCAGAGACUUCUCUGACCUGGAUGGGGUGGUGCAGCAGCGACGACAGGAGAUGAUGGAGAGCAGCAGCUCCGGUUCUCAAACUCCAGAUUAUGACAAAAUAACUGAUUUCAGCGGCCUCCCAGGCUCAUUUCUGAGUGCGGUGAAGAGCGGAGAGGUUUCAGUCCACGCAGACAUUCACCUUCAGACCCCAGGCCAAAAACACAGACCUCCACUCAACAACGGGUCAGCCAAGCCAACCCAACGAGUAGUCACGCUCAAUGACAAAUCCUCUCAGCCCAAGUCGUUACAGGCCAUCCUCCUAAUCUAUUUGGUGUUAGUUACUGUUCUCGUCUUGUCCUCCUGUUACAUGGCUUUCAAGAUUGUGGCUCUCGAGCAUCGUUUGAACUCCUUGGUUUCCAUUGGGGAACACAUCAGAAACGAAAAUGCAGUGAGCCACAGGUCCCAGGAUCAAGUGAAUGCUGAGGUCUAUGGAGAACUGUCCACCAACCUGUUCAAGCUAGAAAAGAUUCAAAGAAACCUGCGGAAGCUACUUGAAGAGACUUGAAGAAGACUGUUGUCUGUUGGUCUGCACAGAGGCUUUAUCUUUUAUUAGACGUGAUGGGCAAACUCAUAGACUGUAUAUUAAGAUGAACGUGUUUCCACUUCCUCUCUCUAUCCAAAGUAUCUCAGAUACAAAAUCUGCCAUCUUGCGCAUUUGGAGCAAGAGUCUGAAGGUUAGUGAUCAGGGAAUGGAGCCGUGGUAACGAGGUCCCGCUGAUACACGCGCUCAACCAAUCACAAGUCAGCCUCAGCUUCACCACAUUUAAAAGCAUCAAAUAACUUAACUAAAACCAAACAUGUGAAAAGAACUACCUUCUUUGACUUUUAAGAUUGACCCAUAUCACAUCCACUAACAUGGAGGAGGCAGGGUUUAUGAUCUAUACUGCAGUCAGCCAUCAGGUGGCGAUCUACCUGCUUUGGCUUCACUAUUGGGGAGCAGUCAUGUCAUCCAUCUUCAUACACAGCAACCACAGGCUGACCUCUGUAGAUCAGAUUAGGCAGUAGAUCUGAUGCCAAAGCCCGGACAGCUCAUUCAGAAAGUUUUCUCAAACUGGUGUGAACGUCAUCUUAAAUUGUGCAAUAUCUUUCCCUUUCCACUCAGGACUAUUUUAUGCUAGAGGUGAAAAGCGUGUUAGUGUGUGCCAGUGUUAGUGAAGUGACAUUUUGAAGCCUAUGUGUAGCACUUAUGUGAGCGCUUUGAUUUUACAUUUCACAAGAGUAGGAUUUAGUUUUUAAGAGGGUAUCUGGGUGUAAAGGUCGUAUAUGACUGGUUUUACAAACAUUUCAGAAAAGGUCAACUUGUGCUGUUUUAAUGUUCUUUAGUUUUAACCUUGUUGCCAAUAAAUUAUAUUUAUGUUA